CGGUAGAAGGGGUGAGUAAGUAACGAGUUAACGGAGACUAGCACCCGUGACUUCCGAUUCAGUAAAAAAAACUCGUGAGUUUUGAACGACUCGUUCAUUUCUCCUGUGGAAACACUUGAAGAGUUCUCUGCGCAACCAAUAUUCGACGCAACCCUGCAAAGACUGUAUGGAGCGAGGCUGAGAGUGGGAGGGUGGACUUGGAAGCAAAACAUGGCGAAAUAACUUUGGCUGUUAGACGCAGUUUGAAGCUGUCAUUAUAUACCGCAGUGUUGGAAUUACACCUACAAGUGCUCAAAUCUGGAUGCUGGAGACAGAACGAUACGCGUAACUUUAAAGUCGAGGCCCAGUUUAGAUUAACGGGGGCUGGUCCAGAACAUACCAACCGCCUGGCUGCCUGUUUUUCGUGGAAGGUUGGCACCGCUGGGCGCGACUGUCAACACAGAAAAUGGAAGAAGAAGGAAAGUUUAUUCGGGAGACUAUUUAGCUGCUGUCUUGUCCGCCAUAGCUAUCCAGUCGAAGCUGAUUUGAUUGCGCGCACCUGCCUCCGCGGACUGCCAUGUUGUAAAUAUGGGAAUAUUUAACAAGUUUGACAACUGCUGCCGCGUAGAAAGGCUCAUGUAACAAUACAAUCGGGGGAUAUUUACUUUAGGAUAAUGGUGCCAGUUUGAUAGGCGGUACUGUUGCAGUGCGGACGGACCCAGACGCCAUCACAUCAGACAUUACGUGCUCCUUAAAAAAACAAGCACUGCGUUUCUUGGCUGAUUUUUUUUUCUUUCACCGCUAUCAACCAGUGGACCUGGCUCCAUUUAGUUGUUUUAUUUGCCCUCGGAGUGCAUCAUUUUUCUUGAUAACGUCAGUUGGGAUGUUAUUCACCAUCAAAGACGCUGCGUCUUGCCAAAAUGAAGGCAGCAAGGUGUUGAACAGUGGAUAUGAACUGCUUUGAAAGCUACCCGCUCAUCGAAUGACGCCUGUCACCCAUCAACAGUAAAAGUUUGUUGAAAUCUCUUUUAAGCUGAAUGUGUUUUAUGUCGUUUUUUUUGUCGACUACAGUUGAGGCGAGCUAGCCAGCUGGGAGCUUGUAACUGCGAUGUCUUUGCUCAUCGAAGUGCUACCGCCUUUUCCCUAACAAUUUCAGCAAACUGGACUGCCUAUUUAUAGCCAUUUAUGCUACAUAAGCCCAUUUGAGCUCACCAAAGGUGCCAUCUACACACCCCCAAAGUGCUUAUUGAGAAAAACCUGGCUAACUUGUUAAGCUAACGCUCCAAGUUUUGGCCAGCCAUGUCUGAAAACGCCCCCACACGAAGCCUGGAUGACAUCGACCUGGCGGCUCUGAGGGAUCCAGCAGGAAUCUUCGAGCUGGUUGAGGUUGUUGGCAAUGGGACAUAUGGUCAAGUGUACAAGGGCCGCCAUGUGAAAACAGGCCAGCUGGCGGCUAUCAAGGUGAUGGAUGUUACAGAGGAGGAAGAGGAGGAGAUCAAAGCCGAAAUCAACAUGCUGAAAAAAUACAGCCACCACCGCAACAUAGCCACGUAUUAUGGUGCCUUCGUCAAGAAGAGCCCACCAGGACACGAUGACCAGCUUUGGUUGGUGAUGGAGUUCUGCGGGGCGGGCUCAGUGACUGACUUGGUGAAAAACACGAAGGGCAGCUCACUAAAGGAGGACUGGAUUGCGUACAUCUGCAGAGAGAUUCUAAGGGGCCUUUCCCAUCUUCACACCCAUAAAGUCAUCCAUAGAGACAUCAAGGGCCAGAAUGUUCUGCUGACAGAGAAUGCAGAGGUCAAACUUGUUGAUUUUGGAGUCAGCGCUCAGCUUGACAGGACGGUAGGGCGAAGAAACACUUUCAUUGGCACACCUUACUGGAUGGCGCCAGAAGUCAUCGCCUGCGAUGAAAACCCAGACUCUACCUACGACUACAGGAGCGAUAUUUGGUCCUUGGGAAUCACUGCCAUCGAAAUGGCUGAAGGAGCACCUCCACUGUGUGACAUGCAUCCAAUGAGAGCCCUCUUCCUUAUUCCCAGGAAUCCCCCUCCUAAACUCAAAUCUAAAAAGUGGUCAAAGAAAUUUAUUGAUUUUAUCGAGGCCUGCCUUGUGAAGACAUACCCCAGCCGACCAUCCACAGAGCAGCUGCUCAAGCACUCCUUCAUCAGGGACCAGCCUACCGAGCGGCAGGUCAGGAUUCAGCUCAAAGACCAUAUUGACCGGACGCGCAAAAAAAGGGGGGAGAAAGAAGAGACAGAGUAUGAGUACAGUGGUAGCGAUGAAGAGGAUGAAAAUCGUAGCGACGACAGAGAGUCAAGCUCAAUCCUCAAUGUGCCUGGGGAGUCCACUCUGCGCCGUGACUUCCAGCGUCUCCAGCAGGAGAACAAGGAGCGCUCGGAGGCCCACAAGAGGCAGCAGGCACAACUGGCCGCUCAACGCAGGGACCCUGAGGAACACAAGAGGCAACUUCUGCACGACAGGCAGAAACGCAUUGAGGAGCAAAAAGAGCAGCGUCGGCGACUGGAAGAGCAACAGAGAAAGGAGCGAGAGAUGGUGAGGCAGCAAGAAAAAGGUCCCCAUCGGAGACUUGACGAUAUGAGACGGGAGGAAGAUAGAAGGUUGGCUGAAAGAGAGCAGGAGUUUAUCAGGCAUAAGUUAGAGGAGGAACAGCGGCAGCUAGAAAUCCUUCAGCAGCAGCUGCUUCAGGAGCAGGCACUGCUUAUGGAGUAUAAGCGUAAGCAGCUGGAGGAACAGCGUCAGUCCGAGCGGCUGCAGAGGCAGUUGCAACAGGAGCAUGCUUACCUAGUGUCUCUGCAGCAACAGCAGCAGGAAAAGAAGCCCCAGCUCUACCACUACAACAAGAACUUGGAGCCCAACAACAAACCCACAUGGGCGCGUGAGGUGGAGGAGCGAAGUAAACUCAACAGACAAGGCUCUCCCAAAAUCUGUACCACUGUCUCUGACACUGCCAUCCAGUCACGCUCAGACUCUAUUAGCCAGUCUGGAGUGGCCCAGUCUGCUCAGACGCCUCCAAUGCAGAGACCUGUUGAACCACAAGGGGGGCAGGGCAAGUUCCAGAUGGCUCAUUUGGUUCCACUGAAACCUUAUGCCGCCCCUGUCCCACGCUCCCAGUCUCUCUGUGACCAGCCCACUAAGACCAUGUCCGCAUUCCCCACCCAGGAUCCGUCCCUCACCCCUACACCCCGAUCCAUCCACUCCAGAGAGCUAGUGCGCCAGAACUCAGAUCCCACAUCAGAGACCCCUGCACCACAGGUGCACCAAAUCAGGGAGGAGCGUGGGCCCUGGAUCCGCUUGCCAGAUGUGGAACUCCCGCCCAAGAUUCCCCAGAGGACAGCGUCAAUUGCCACAGCUCUCAACACCAACCUGACCUCUGGCAUUCGGCAUCCAGUGAGAGCCAGUAAUCCAGAUCUCAGCCGAAACGAUCGCUGGGAGAGAGGAGACAGUAUGGCCAUCAUAUCUAAUCUGCCACAGACAGGCUCUUUAGAGAGGCAUCGCAUCCUCAGUUCCUCCAAAAUGGAUUCUCCCAUUCUCUCCAAUGAUAGUCGUCAUAAGCCAGGGGAGUCUCGCACCUCAUCUCGCCCUGGGCGUCCAGCUAGUUACAAGAGAGCAAUAGGAGAGGACCAUGGCCUCUUUGCCAAAGAGCGUGCUGAGGAGCAGCCGAGGCCUCCAGUCAAGGCAAAUGACUACUCCUCCUCCUCGGAGAGCAGCGAGAGUAGUGAGGAGAGCGAAAAUGGGGAGGGAGUGGAGGAGGAGGAGAGCCCCACUGAUCGUCACAGGGACGUGGACACUGAUUCUGUCAAUACUAUGGUGGUUCAUGAAGAUGAGGGUGAGGAGGGAGAAGGAGAGCAGGCUGGAGGUUAUGGAGAUCAGACAAUGUUGGUGCAGAGGACCCCAGAGAAGCGGAGCCACAAUGGAUACACUAACUUGCCAGAUGUGGUGCAGCCCUCUCACUCCCCCACUGAUUCCACCACACACUCUUCCCCUGGGAAGGACUCUGUGUAUGAUUAUCAGUCCAGAUGUUUGGUCAAGGCACCUGGCAAAUCUUCCUUCACUACAUUUGUGGAUCUUGGAAUGUACCAGACACCAGGAGGUACCGUGGAUAACAUCUCUGUUAGCAGCUCAAGAUUUGAGCAGCUAAAGAUGGAGGUGAGGAAAGGCUCCAUGGUGAAUGUAAAUCCCACCAACACUCGCCCCCCCAAUGACACACCUGAGAUCCGCAAGUACAAGAAGAGGUUUAACUCAGAGAUCCUAUGUGCUGCGCUUUGGGGUGUGAACCUGUUGGUGGGAACAGAGAAUGGUUUGAAAUUGCUUGACCGCAGCGGACAGGGCAAAGUCUAUCCACUCAUCAACUCUCGCAGGUUCCAGCAGAUGGACGUUCUGGAGGGCCUAAACCUGCUUAUCACCAUCUCAGGCAAGAAAAACAAGGUCCGUGUUUACUACCUGGCCUGGCUCAGGAACAAGAUCCUCCACAAUGACCCUGAAGUAGAGAAGAAGCAAGGCUGGACCACUGUGGGUGAGAUGGAGGGCUGCGUGCACUACAAAGUUGUAAAAUAUGAGAGGAUAAAGUUCCUGGUGAUUGCUUUGAAGAAUGCAGUGGAAGUGUAUGCUUGGGCACCCAAGCCUUAUCACAAAUUCAUGGCCUUUAAGUCUUUUGCAGACCUUCCACACAGGCCUGUCCUUGUCGACCUGACUGUGGAGGAGGGUCAGAGGUUGAAGGUCAUAUAUGGUUCCUGUGCUGGCUUUCACGCCAUCGAUGUGGACUCCGGGAACAAUUAUGACAUUUACAUCCCGGUUCAUAUUCAGAGCCACAUAACACCACACGCUAUUGUGUUCCUGCCAAGUUCAGAUGGCAUGGAGAUGCUUUUGUGCUACGAGGAUGAGGGCGUCUAUGUCAACACGUAUGGACGCAUCAUUAAGGAUGUGGUUCUGCAGUGGGGUGAAAUGCCGACAUCUGUUGCUCAUAUUUGCUCUAAUCAGAUCAUGGGUUGGGGAGAAAAAGCCAUUGAGAUCCGUUCUGUGGAGACUGGACACUUGGACGGCGUCUUCAUGCACAAGAGAGCUCAGAGGCUUAAGUUCCUUUGCGAGAGGAAUGACAAGGUAUUCUUUGCCUCAGUGCGGUCAGGAGGCAGCAGCCAGGUGUACUUCAUGACCUUGAACAGAAACUGCAUCAUGAACUGGUGAAGGAACAGCUGCUCUGCUCUUUGUGGAAGCAGCAGGAUUUGGAGAUGGAAGUGUAUCCAACAUUCUCUCCCGCACACAUGCGAGCAUGUUCGUUCCCGGUAGUUUACACACGCACAGACACUGAUAAAUGCGCAUGCACAUGUUCUCUGAUAGACUUGCACACAUCUACUCCAGCCUACAAUCCAUCAGAUCAGUUUGAGCCCCCUAAUAACAUUUGUCACCGUAUCCUCAUGAAAAAUUGUCUGCAGCAUUUAUUAGUUUCUACUGUAUAUAUUCUUGUCUUGACUUCCUUUUCUUGGUGGACCCGUGCUCAGUCGUAACAAUUUAGUUUCUAAUUGUGAAGUGCAUUCCUAGAUGGUUCUCCAGUUACAGAAGGAGUUAUUUACCAAUCCUGUAUGUUCAAGCUGUAAAUAGCACCAUCCACUUAGAACUCAAUCAUCUGCAUUUCUCUUCAGAUCUAGCCUUCAUUUGUCGUGUUGCCACAGGAUGCAGUGACAGAAAGUGUUGGCACGCCCAUCUGCUGUGGCUUAUGGCUCAUGGCUCCCAGUUGUUUUGGGGAUCAGUAGAAUUUUCAUGGAGGCUUAGUACUUUGAUGCAAAAAGGGAACAUUUGGGCCAGCUUGUCCAAAAGUGAGCGUGUAUCUGGGAGCUAUGAUGCUUUUGCUCAUCCCUGUCACAGCAGUUUAAAAUAUAGAAAAUAUUCCUAACAGUGCUACUUAAUAGCAGUACUGUGACUUCUCGCCUUUGUCGUUUUCCUUCAGUUGAGGCGAACCAAUUAUCUGUCUCGUUGCAUUUGUACUUAACAUUUUUUUUCAUGGAUUUACAACAAAUUUGAUAUUUAUAUGUAGUGCUUCUGUAUGGGUAUUAGCCUACUGGUAUUCUUGAUUUGCUCUACUGUAAUUAUAUUGCCAUAAUAUUGCAAUAUAUGCUGUUCUUGUGCAGUCUGUUGAGGAGAGGAGACUUUGUUAGUGUCUGUGGCUGUAACCAAUGUGAUGAUUUACCUUAGGAGGAGCGCAGCUAUCUCCUCUACUGUAAAAUACUCCAAUUGUGUUUUCCUAGUUUGGAUCUGUCAUGAGCAGUAGCACACCACAGAUAAUACAGUGGAGCCUCAGUUUUCGUCACAAAUCUGUUCCAAAAGGUCAGAUAAAAACCAAAUACAUUUUUCCCAUAAGAAAUAAUGCAAAACCAAUAAAUCCGUUCCAGACACCCAAAAAUAUGAACUCAAAACAGAUAUGGAGAAUGAUUGUAGUUUUACAUGCAGAAAACAAUGUGAAAAUACAUUAACAUGUCAAUUACAUCACUUUUACCAUCUUGUUUGUGAACACAGAGAUCAGUGAAGGGAGGAGGAGAUGGAAGAGCCAUGCGGACCCGGUUUCAUUCUAGUCCAUUACAAAGUAGAGUGAACGGUUUGAGCUGUAUACUUGCUCACUUCAACUUUACUGUAAACUUGAGCAGCAGGUACAAUAAUCAUCACACACCCUGGCUCACCUCACUUUCUGUUAUGUGUCUCACUCAAACCAAUCCCCCCGCAACCUCUGUUAACUAGGAACCUUUACAUUACAACCCUAUCCUACUUUGAGUUCUUUCUUGAAUUCAAUCGUGUUUCUGACACUCUUUGUCAAAGUUCAGCCACGCGAAUGCCUUAUCAUUGAAAGGCACACAGUGAGGGAGAAAGGAGACCGAAACUCAGUUGUUUCAGUGUUCUGUCUCCGUUCUAAGAACAAAUAAACCACCCACACACAUAAUAAAUGAUUUAAAGGAUACCCUAUCCGGAAUCUGUUUAUAAUGUCCCAACUCUAAAAUAACCAAUAUCCAUUCUUCAGAGAAACUGAGUUACCAACUUUGCUUGGGCACUCGGUUCCACGGAAUGAUACACAGGCAAACGGACUAGUUUGUUAGGCCGUACGAUCGCAGAGACAUACAAUUUUUGUUGAAAACCGAGGUACCACUGUAUUUGACUCGGGCCCAUAGAAAGACAAGGACGGCAUCCCAUCAGGACGGAUGUCAUUUCUAUGUAAACAUUCUACCAAAGCCAUUAAUAAACUCUGCAACAUGGGGGGGAAUACAGGCGAAAGGGAGGACAAUAGGACACGUUGAGAAGAUGCUCAUCCCCCUAGAUAACCAAACAGUCUUCUCCAUUCUCUGUAUAAAGACAAUGGGAUAGAAAAAUUGCAGCAGGCGAGGGAGUGGAGGUAUGAGAAAGUAACUUGGCGAGUUUUAGACAGCAUUAAUUAGGUCACAAUCUCUGACGCUCGUCGCUCAAAGAUUCAAGGAAAAAGUUGCAGCAUCACUGCAGCUUGCUGCUUGGUUAGCAGGGAUUUGUUGGUGUCUAAAGGAUGGAGUUGUUGCUGUGGUUGCUUGUGUGAAAAGCUGAUGUUUGCUCAAUGGGUGCGUCUGAUGCAAGGUGUUCCCUUAAGGUGAAGAGAUAAUUAUAUAUUGUUAAGGAAAAGUGGUUAGAUAUACAGAUAUCUAAAUGUACUUGUAAGCCAUUCAACUAUAAUAUAUUAGCGUAUCAAACUUGUUUUCCCCUUUUUGCUGUUGUGUUCCUAUUCUUAUUUAUCUGUCUGACAUUCCACACAGGAUCAAUGGCACGUGUGAUUUUAUUAAUGUUUAUCACUUAUAGCCAUGUUUACAGUUUAAGCAGUGCCUUGGAGUUGGAAGGAAGAAAAUAUAAGAUGGGUUUAAGGCCCGCCCCCGUCUCUUAAGAGGCAUAGUUUGUUCCCUUGAAAGAUUAACAUCUGCCUGUUAAAGUGCACUUAAUAAAUUAAAAUGCGUACAUAUUCCAAUAAUUGCUCAAUCAGUGACUAUUCCUUGAGAAAGUUGCAAUAAAAAAAGAAUCAAACAACUGUCCCGUUAAUCCCGUACGUGUGAAACAUGUUUUGUGACGUCUGCUAGUAGAUUGGCUCUACUCUUCAAUGUUGACGGCGUAACGUGGGGACGGGGGGUUCGCCAGAGAAGUCUAUUUUAUAAAAUAUGUAAAUUAGUCAAGAGAAAUAACCGUGAAUGUACUUCUAUCUAAGAGAGAUUUGUAUUUAUAUAACAAUGUGUGCCGCUCCUAUUAUUCAAAGCACAAUGUAGAGCAGUGUGUUUUCUGUAUUGGUCAUCAGGCAUGAGGUAGUAGUCCACAGUUCUCAUGUUAUAUCAGGGGUCAAUAUGGAAGUUCAUCCCAAAGGUGCGGUUGGGGUCAGACCUCUUGAGUUCCUCGGCACCUAGCAGUCAGUCAUGCUGGAACAGAAAGGUUGGAAGAAUGGAAUCGUCCAAAAAGGUCUUGGCAAUGUGUCUUGAUUGACACAUUGGCUUAUAGCAGGGGUAGGGAACCUAUGGCUCACGAGCCAGAUGUGGCUCUUUUGAUGACUGCGUCUGGCUUUCAGACAUUUCUUAACACGAUAAAAUGUAUUCAUUUUUAUUCAUUUUAAAGUAAUGCCCUGUGAUUGGAUGGUGACCAAUCCAGGGUGUACCUCGCCUCUCGCCCAAAGUCAGCUGGGAUAGGCAUAGUAUUCACAGUAUUACAAAUGUUCAAAAUAUAAAACAUUCUCAUGCAUAUUAAUCCAUCCAUCCAUUUUCUACUCCAUUGCGGGGUGGCCAGAGCCAAUGCCAGCUGUCCUUGCGAUAUUUUCCGGGUUAGACACCACAACUCAAUUAUUAUUGGGUAAUGCAGUAGCCUACCCGUGUCGUUGAGAGGUCAAGAAGUAAACUUCCCUCCUUUAAUCAGUCAGCUAGCAAAUUCUGCAGAGCAAAAGCCCUUUUGACAAAGAAGAUGGCAAAAAGAAAGAAAGAUGAGGCGUACCGUGCAUUACCAUGCGGCACCAGAAGUCGCAUUAAUGGUAAGAAGUAAUUUAUUUAUGAUUGUUAGCUUCAGUACAACAAUGUUAUUAAAAAGUACCGUAAAUUCCGGUGUAUAAGCCGCUACAUUUUUCUUAAACUUUGAACCCUACGGCUUAUACAGCAGAACGGCUAAAAUUCUAAUCUCCUGACAUCUCCUUUACUUCAGAACUACUAAUUAACUAACUAAUUGUUUCAAUACUGUGCCGCUCGCGAGUCGGUGGGGAAACGGUAGCUCUUUCUUUGGCAGGAGCCGAUCACGAACUAUCAGUGCACUCACAACAAGCUUGUCAACCCAUUCCAAAUUGCAGAAGGUCAGUGCAUAUAACGGUAUAACAAUAUACGUAACAGACUGACUCACGGUGUCAUCUUACAAAUAACUCUAAACUCAUCACACAGCAACUUAAAACUGAAAAGGUAUACUAGAGAAAUAUACAAACAUGUAUCAAUACAUGUUUUAAAUUGAAAGACUCUUUUAAAGUCUUCCCAUAAGGCAUUGCGUAUGAGCAACGCAUUAAUUGGGGCGCUGCAAUGGCGUCGGCCUCCCUCUGGACUCUGGGCUCCUCUGGCUUCCUCUGGUGGACACAGACAGCAUUGCAGCCCAUCCAUUCAUUUUCUAUGCUCCAAUGAAAUGCUUUGCUCAAAUGAAAUGCAUUGUGGGAAAAUAAAAAAAAAAAAAAAAAAAAAUAUAUAUAUAUAUAUAUAUAUAUAUAUAUAUAUAUAUAUAUAUAUAUAUAUAUAUAUAUAUAUAUAUAUAUAUUAAACUAAUAUUGGUACGUGUUUUCAUAUUAGGUAUACCUUUUGAGUGUUAAGUUGCUGUGUGAUGAAUUGUGUUUACGGCUUAUACACGGAUACCUCUUAUAUAUGUAAAAAUAUUUUUUUUCCCUCAAAAUGUUGUGGACGUGGCUUAUACACCAGAAUUUACAGUAUAUGGCUCUCACGGAAAUGCAUUUUAAAAUAUGUGGCUUUCAUGGCUCUUUUAGCUAAAAAGGUUCCCGACCCCUGGUUCUUUUUUCAUUAUACAUUUCCUCAUGUAUCUGUAUUAUUGGCUAGAUGUAACGGAUAAUUCAUGAGUUUAAUUUGGACUGACCUCAUCAUUGGAGCCUGAUUGUUUGAGCAACUUUAUCAUAAACAGUUAUGCCGGCUGCAGUCAUGCAUUUCUCGCUGUUCUAUGAGUUAUAUGAGAAAAAUAAACAGGCAUCACAUUCCCGUGAAUCAACAUCAUAGCUAAAGUGCCCUAUAGUUCCUUCUUUUAUAAGUUGUACUAGUGGCAUUGAUUGGUCAUGUCCUUCGGUAUGUUGUUAGGAGCCCUUAAAAGCUGACAUGGUGAGUGUGACCAUGAGGGUAGAUCUGAACUUUCCUGAACAUGGCAGGAUGCACAAAGAGCUCUGUCAGAAAUAUAAAUGGUGUCUAACUUAUUUUGCAAGCAAUAUAAGCAUUUGAUCAACUCCAUGUCAGUACAGCUUACUGUAUAGGAAGAGUAUUUGGAGGCCUUUGGCAGCCUCAGCGAUGGCUGCUUUGUGAGUUUCUCAUUACGGAUAUUGCUCUGUGGUUUUUGGUUGUAAUUACGGGUUACAGCUUUUCUCUGUUAGCGUAACACAAUCGGUAGCUGUGAUGCUCAUUCUUGUUUUGCUUUUACGGAAUCCCAGAAUUUAUGAACAAGAUUUAAAAUGGUGCAAUGGAAACUAAUCAUCCAAAUUUGACGAAUCAAGUAGAAAUUGUGAUCAGCAGCAAUGACUGACUGAAGGAAAUCAUGUUGUAAUGGAGACCUUUUGGACACUAAUAUAAUUUAUAUAUAAAUAUUUUUUUUUCUAAUGGCGGUAGACAUUGCAGUGUUUUAGUUGGGCAACGCUUCUUAUUUGUGAGAGAUUAACUCCAGAUUGUAUUUCAUAAGCUCUUUAAAACUUUCAAAAAGAUUGUGUUUCAAUGAAUUCUUGUCUAAUACAGAAAGGUUUGAAAAAUAAAAAGUCUUGAUUUCA